ACAUCACUAGAAAAGCUAGCUCUCUGUUUCACCCUUUCCUUUCCUAACUUCCGGUGACGCAUCUGUUUGGAAAAUCGAUGACACAAAUUGCGAACAAGUUUUGAACAAUGGAAUCAAAGUACGACAAAGUCGCAUAUCCAGAAAAUGCUAUCCUCCAUUCAGAUCAUGAACAAGAGGAACUGGGCACCGGUGUUUACCCUGGGGUGUCCAUCAUUUCCCGAAGGUACAACCACGAAGAUACGAUAAAAAUCGCGUGCUUCAAAGUAAAGCGAAAGUUCAGCAGGAUAGCGGUGAUCGGUGCGAUUCUUGUUCUCGUUCUUCUGGUAAUCGCAAUCACCGUCAUCAGCACAGCAAGAUCUAAUGGAGCACCAGAGAAACCGGAAGAAAGGGUACAAGAAAAGAAGAGCUAUGGGCUGUUUUUCCAACCCUACGUGGAUAAUAAGCAUCUGAUUACCUUCAGUCCACAGAACCAGCAGACCAUGAACCCAUACCUCAAUAAUCUGGACUUCCACAUGCAUGAUUACAAUGGAUACACCCAUGACAAUGACCCGUACAUGGUGUGUAAGAAUGGAGAAAAAGUCCCUGAUGGCAAAGUCUGCAUACAGAACAUAAAGACAUUUGGAUCCCAGUGUACACAUUUAAAGAACUAUGGGUAUUUAGAAGGAAGACCGUGCAUACUGCUGACUUUAAAAUUGAAACCAGAGGACGUGCCAGAAACUUUUUCCCAGGAUUCUGAUGUAGGGAAAAUGUUGAACGAUAGCUGGUCCCCUCACCACAUAAGUCUGACUUGCAACGGAGAGACGGAGGCAGACAGGAAGUACAUUGGUCCGGAUCGAUGGUAUGCCCCAGUCCUGGACAAAAACCAUCCAGUUAUGAGAGAGAAACCAAUUCAGAAUUUUCCCACCUACGGAUUCAACCUAACCUAUUUCCCUCAGAAAAACCCAUCUAGUUACAUCCCUCCGUCCGUCAUGGUCCAGUUCAACACGAUAAUGACCAAUCACGUCAUUCGGAUCAAAUGUGUUGCUUGGGUGGCGAAUCCGGAUAAAGGAGAAAAUCCAGAAGAGUCAGAAAUCUAUACUGCCCAUUUCCGGUUUUUAAUCACAAAGUAGUGUCAUUCAUUUAGAGAUGGGGAUAUUUUAAGAAUGGAAUUUUCGGGGUUAUUAUAAAGAUGGAGAUGUCAGUUUUCACUACAAUUUUUCGCUGUAUCUGAUUGCCUAUGUUCUGUGUUGUGUAAUGGCUUGGAUUCAUUUCAAUCACAUUUUUAAAAUAUCCAGAUGACAAAAAACUAAUUUUUACGUCUUGGGGGGGGGGGGGGGGGGGGGGGGUUCAUUAGAUCCGCUAACAUUAUCGAGGUUUAUACAAUUCUAAGAAAAGAUGAAACAUUUUUUAUACUUGUACCUGGAAUAGUUUAUGAGCUAUUUUUAUAUCCCGUGUGUUAUCUUCAAAUCAUCAAUAACUUGAUUCAUUGAUUAAGAUUAUGAUCUAUUUGUGGUAAAAACAUUUUGAUAUAGGCAUCAUGUUAAUAAUAUUUAUAGCUCAUUUUGCUAUCAGUAUUUCAGUUCCUGUUUUGUUACAGUACUCACACGUAAAACCAAACCUGGACUAGUGAAUUUGAUAAUGUAUUCUGGUUAUAAAUUUUAUUGUUAUUUUUAUGUAUAUGAAAUAUAAGUUAAUUAGACAACCAUAUGCACUCACUUCCUUAGCAAGUGUCUUUAGUAUAGACAACAAAAUUCUGUACCAAGUCCAGAUUGUGGUCUUAUUUGCAAGCUGCUAUGUUAAAACAAGCCACAGAGUAUUAAUUUUAUUUCUGUGACAUUGUGAUGUAUAUAUGUUCAGUAUGGUGUAUUUUUUAUAUAAACACACAUACAAAAUUUAUGUACUUUUCAACAUUUCUACAAAUCAUUUUUCAUGGCAUAUACACAUUUUUUCUAUUUAUAACAUACAAGUUCAGUACGUAGUUGCUACAAAGGAAUGGUUGUAAAUUUCAGGUGUGAAUUACACGUGUACAUCUAGAUAAGUUUUACAUACACCCGUGUUUGUGAGUUUAUAUAUGAUCAUUGAUCCUUACUUAGUGCAAUCUACAUGUAUCUAUAUUCCAGUCCAGAGGUAUGUAUUUUUGUAUGAACAUGUGAAGUUCAGAGUAAUGUAUAAGGAUAUAUAUAUAUAUUCAGAUCUUGUGUGCUGUCUGACCGUCCCUAUAUCACGAAUAUUGGUAUAUUCUGUCAUAGUCUUAUAAUGCUCACAGUAUUUGCCAGAAUAAUUGCCCAAACAGCUUUAAAAAGGUGGGUGAAUGAAGCCAUUUAUAAGAUUUACAGAUUGAAAAUUUGUUUGCUAGAAGUUGCUUCUAUUAUGAUAAUGGAUAAAUGAAUAUUUUCAUACUCUCUCAUAACUAUGAAUUAAUGCUCUUGUUCCACCGCCAGGAGUACUGAAAUGUGAAUACUGCAAAAAUAAUUACACAUACAAACCUAAAUAAACAAAACUUCAUUUACAUGUAGAUAUGGUUGGGUAUUUUGGUAAAGUUAAUGAUAUAAGGGGCAUUUAUGAUUAAAUUGGUGAUAUAAGGAGCAUUUAUGGAGUUUGAAGAUAUCAACAAUGGGAAUUAUUAAGAUUUUGACAGUAAAAGGGGCAAAUACGGUAUUUAAGAAGUGCCUUUAUCCAGACACAUAAGUAAUGGGAGACUAGCAACUUUUCAAAUCAUUAUAUUGCAGAGUUUGAUACUUAUUAAUGAAUCCUAACUUCAUAGUAAUUAUAUCUUUUAAUUUUCAUGUAUAAUUCAUGCAAAUUUCUAAACAAGAAUUUUAAAAAAUUAAGAUAUAAUAUAAAAUAUACCCUUUUAAAGAAAUUUGAAGGACAACAAAACUGGGAGUGGGCCAUAUUGAUAAGUUUUCAGGAAAUUUUCACGAUUAAGUUGUUAAAUUUGCUGAACAUACGUUUGUUUAUUUCAUUAAAAUAUCUGUUAAAUUUAAUUCUGUUUCAUUCAAGGGAAUGAAAAUGAAAUUUAGAAAUGAUGCUGGGUCUGUUGUGCAUCUUUAAAAGGUCAGCCUGCGUACUAGCCCCAUUAUUGAUGUCUCUGAUUUAACUGAAAGUAUUUUUACACAUCCUGGUUCUACUUAGAAGUUAUAAGGCUGCAAGUCUUACAUACAUGUACCAAAUUGGAGAAAAACAUCGGACAGAAUUUUUCAUUUCCUGUGAAUCAAAUCAGACAUGUUUAGUACUGCUUGGUUGUAAAAAAAACAAAACAAUUUUUGAAUUCAUUUUAUAUUUCGUAUUUUCAUACAUGUACAUCUACACGAAAUUUGAACAGGAUUUUUAUUCUGCUGGUGUACGUUUUGUUUUGUUUUUUGUGUCACAAUCACUGUUUUUCAGAGGAUUUAAAAACAAAAAACAUUCCAUUCAUAACAAGUAUAUUCAAAACAUUCCAUAUUAAAAUUACUGUUUUAAAAUGCCAUUAAUGAGAGUUUUAAAUAAAUUAAAUCCAAGAGUUUCCAAGUGAAAUACUCAUUGAUUGUAAAAUGACUGAUACACAAUCAAGUUUUAAAUAAUCCUUGCAAUAGUUAUUCAAUAAUUUGUCUAUCGAAUUUUUUGUAAACAUGUCAACUUGACCAAAACCAGUGUGAGCUACAAAAAUCUUACUGGUGUUGAGUAUGGAAUUGUAUCACAUUCUUAUAUGGAAAAAUUAAACUGUGUGUAUCUCGUUUUCCUAAAUCGUAUUUUGUAUGGUUGUGUAUUUUUUAUUUGAAAAUGUUCUAAUUUUUUUAAUGGUCAUGAUCUGUUAUGAAAGUGAUUUAUUUUUUUGUUACUCACAUUUAUUGUCAAAUAAAGUUGUUAAAAUAAAA